AUGAACGAGACGAACUAUCGGCCAGCCUCGUGUCACUCUUCCAAUCAUGGGCGGAGCGCUGCAAGGCCGUCCAUGCCUCCCACUUGGACCCCUCCCAAAUGCAUUACCGAAUGGCUUGCGUAUGGACGCAACAAGAAAUGCCCGUCGUCGCUACUCUACAUGCUCGACCACCAGUACACUGCUGCGGAGCUCAGCUUCGCCCGGCUAAAAGGUGUCGACCAAGCACGUGUAGCAGAACUCCGGAAAGCAAGUGAACAGUGUGGCGUUCGCCUCUACCUAGCAAGCAUUGAAAAAACUAAAAUUUGUUGUGUCGACGAUUGCUAUGAUGGUUAUUAUGGCAGGAAAUUUAGCCGACAUCGGCAUAAGGUUGUCGGAUACAACGAUCAAGUCGUUGCGGAAGAUGUGGACCUUGGAGACCUUGAUGACACCAUGUUGGUGCCGGGAGAUGCCUUUGACCGCGACCCGGAUGAAGAUGAGUUUCAAGGCUAUACAGGAAAUGAGGGGGCCAGUGUCACACAUAUUUAUCGCCAAACGGGGUAUACUAAUCAUCCCGGCUAUUUUUCAUUUUGCCUUUGUACUUCAUCUUCUGAAACAGGAGACAAAGCUCAAGAGUUGCAGAAUACCGUCGCGAGGAUGGCACUUGAAAUCGGCGAGCUGGAACUUUUCAAGCAGUGCGUCGAAACUCUCAGUGGGAUGCUGUCUCCCACCGUCGGCUCUAGCAUCGGAAAGGCAAUCUUGGAUCAUGGACUGCCAGCUCUCCGUCCGAUACUUGAUCGCAUCUUUUCUCCGAUGACAGGAGCUGUCAGGCAGCUAGAACUGCUCUUCAACAUCAUACGAGCGUAUCGCUCAGAAGAUAUGAACUUUAAACACUGUCUACUGUAUAUUAUUGGUUUAAUAAUACAAUAUAGAGUUGCCUACCAGCAUACAUACAUGCACCCCACCAAGUACCUUAGGCAGCUCAUGUAUUCUACAAGUCAGUCGAUCACCAUGUCCGGCGUAAAAAACUACCCCAACGCCUCCGUCGCCGACCUCCGCACGCAGUACCAAGGCCGCCUGCUGGGCGAGAUUGAGCUCGAGGGCAGCCCCCUCGCCGUCAUCGACGUGGCGAUCGCGCGACGGAAUUGCCAGCUGAUGUUCGACACGGCCGAUGCGCUAGGGGUGCGGUUCCGGUCCCAUGUUAAGAGUCAUAAGACGACGGAGCUCACCCGGCUGCAGGUGGGCGAGAAAGCGGACACGGUGCGUCUGGUUGUUUCGACCCUGGCUGAGGCUGAGCAGUUGCGGCCGUAUCUGGAGGAGUGUAUGAGUCGGGGACGAUCUGUUGAUCUGGUUUAUGGCCUCCCCGUCCAACCGUCCUGCUUCAAGCGCCUGGCUGCCCUGGGACAGGUUUUCGGCAACGAGAGCGUCUCUGUUCUGGUCGACAGUCUCGAGAUUCUUCCGUACCUGGAUCAGUACUAUGAUCUUACGUCUGGAUACUGCCUGCGCGUCUACGUCAAGCUCGAUACGGGCAACUACCGCGCUGGUCUGUCACCCGACUCGGACGAGCUGAAGCGUCUGCUGGAGGCCAUCCACCGCAAGGAGCGCGAGCAACCAUCACGCAUCCGCCUACAGGGCUUCUACAGCCAUAUGGGCGUCAGCUACGGGUCUGAGAGCACUACCGAAGCCCUCGACUAUCUGGCACAGGAGAUUGAGCGAUGCGCCACGGCCGCCGAGCACGCAGCCAGACUGUACGACGACGGCAGACGCUUCACCAUCUCCGUCGGGGCGACCCCGACCGCAACUGCGGCGCAGAAUCUUCUCUCCCCGAAUACUGCAGAUCCUGCAGUCGUCCGGGUCAAAGAGCUGAUUGCGCGCGUGCAGCAGUCGCACGACAUCGAGCUGCAUGCCGGCGCCUACGUCACGCUGGACAUGCAGCAGAUGGCGGCGCACGCGCGACCGGCGGAGCAUCACCGCUCUUACGGCGAUAUUGCCGUCAUGGUCCUGGCCGAGGUCGCCAGUCUGUAUCCGCACCGCAGUCCCCCGGAAGUCCUGGUGGCCUGUGGCAUGCUCAGUCUGGGCCGGGAGCCCUGCCGGAACUACCCCGGCUGGGGGGUUGUCACGCCCUGGGAUGCAGCCGAGUCUGAAAGACGAUGGUCAUGGUACGACCCGGAAAAAGACCGCAGUGGAUGGAUCGUCAGUCGCGUGAGCCAGGAGCACGGCAUCUUGACCUGGCAAGGCCCCGUGGAGCAGAAACGGCCGCUGCAAGUCGGGCAGAAGGUGCUCAUCUGGCCAAACCAUUGCUGUAUCUGUCUGGCGGGGUAUAGUUUCGUGCUUGUAAUCGAUUCAGAUCGCGAGGGGAUCGAAAAGGACCGGGUGGUGGAUGUGUGGUUGAGCUGGAGGGGGUGGUGA